CUGAUGUUAGAGUAAAAGCUUUAGGAAAUAAAACAAUCUAGCCAACAGACAGCUAUGGAUCCAUCCGAGGUAGAGUUCCUUGCCGAGAAAGAGAUGGUGAAGAUAAUACCAAAUUUCAGUUUAGAUAGGAUCUAUUUGAUCGGGGGCGACCUUGGUCCCUUCAACCCUGGACUGCCUGUCGAUGUCCCUGUGUGGCUGGCCCUCAACUUGAAACAGAGACAGAAAUGUAGAAUUAUCCCUCCUGCGUGGAUGGAUGUGGAGAAACUGGAGGAGAUGAGAGAGCUUGAGAGGAAAGAGGACACUUUUACGCCUGUUCCCAGUCCUUACUACAUGGAGCUGACCAAACUGCUACUGAACUAUGCGUCUGACAACAUCCCUAAAGCAGAUGAGAUCCGCACGCUGGUCAAAGACAUCUGGGACACACGCAUUGCCAAACUCCGCCUCUCCGCUGACAGCUUCAUCAGUCAGCUGGAGGCUCAUGCCAAGCUGGACAACCUGACUCUGAUGGAAAUCAACACCAUACGAGGGUUCCUUCUCGACUCUCUCAACUGCAUGUACAAGCUACGCUCCAAUCUGCAGCCUGGUUCAAGUAAGGGCCAGUUCAAAGACUUUUGAUCCACGAGAUCAAGGCCUUCUGAACCAGUUUGUUGGGUUAUGUUUCCAACAACCAAAGCCUUGGACUGAGGUCUGUACAUUUUCACCAAGGCCCUUCAAUACUCAAAGACUGUUUUCUCAGAAAUUGAAUUCCGAAGAUUAAUGUUGAUGGCUGAUUGAAGCUAAAUGAGUUUUACUCAGCUUUUUCUAACGGGGUAUAUUUUUUUCCGACUGCAAUACAAUACUGCAAUAAAACCAGCUUUAUAUGUAUCUGCUGUUGGAAAUAUGUGGAUAUUUAAUUUAAUUCAGAAUGCUCACUGUAGUUUACAACUGCCACCAUUUUUGUUGUCAGUAUUUGUUAAAAUAAAUGUAUUUGUAUCUCU